AUGUCGGGAGCCAACUUCAAAGAAAUGCUGCAACAGUAUGCUCACGAAGGGUCGAGUGCAUCUACAACCACUGCGCCAAGCAAGUAUGCGCCACCAUCUAAGUAUCAACAUCUUAGCCCCCUCACCGACAUCCUCGCUCCAGACCUAAUAGCGGUCUUCGUGGGCACCAAUCCCGGCAUACGCACUGCAGCACAGGGGCACGCAUACGCACAUCCUUCAAACCAAUUCUGGAAGCUCCUUCACUCAAGUGGCUGCACUGAUGAACGACUACGACCGGACCAAGACCGACCCACCAAAGAUGCUGCCGAACUCAGCAAGGUCGAGAUGAGUGAUGGUGCCCCUGUUCUGGAAGAAAAAUGUCGUAAAUGGCGUCCCGAGUGCGUCUGCAUUGUCGGCAAGGGUAUCUGGGAGGCUAUUUUCCGCCAUCGGCAUGGCAAGAACCCCAGCAAAUGCGAGUUCCAUUGGGGCUGGCAGGAUGAAAAGGAAAACAUGGGCCGUAUCGCUGAUGUUGGAGAGGAUGGUUAUCAAGGCGCCAAGGUCUUCGUCACGACUAGCACGAGUGGUCUUGCCGCCAGCCUUAAGCCUGCUGAAAAGGAAGCCAUCUGGAAGCCAUUCGGAGAUUGGUGCAAAGAGAGAAGAGUCGCUCGGAACUGGCCACCCGCUCAACCGCAAGGUCAGGCGCAAGAUCUACCGGAAGUUUGA